GAGGGGACUGGGUGUAAUAGCAUUGGUGGGCAAAUCAGUAGGUCACAGCAAAUACCCAAAUUACCAUUGGGUAAGGACGAAUCUUUCCUAUCUUAUUUUUCACACAAUGCUCCAAGGUAGAUAUUAGACCCAUUUUAUAGAUGAACAGAAUCUAGGAAGUUAGGAAACCUGAGGUCACUUUUCAGUGAGUUCAUUUUUCUGAACGAGCUCAGGCUCCAGUUCAUCUCUCUGGCCCUGACUCUACCAAACAUUCAACAGAACGUGGCCACCAUCCUGAUAAGGGAGCUGAGGUGCCCCAAGUCCCUCACAAGUCCGCGUGCCCUUGUUGUCGCUGCCUGCUACUCCUCCGGUCCGCAUCCGUUUCCAGCACCUGACAUCCUCAGCUGUGACCCCAGUGGUAACCUUGCCCAGUGUGUGAGGAUCUGGGAGUCCUUAUGGUGCAGGAUGGAAGGUCAUUUGUGGAGCCUUUGAUUUUUUUUUCUUUCUUUUUGGAUGAGGGUCUCAAGGUCCCAUGUGCCCAGUAACAGCCAAGCAAAUGGCCAAAGACGCUGACAAGUCCGACAGGCCGGGCAGAAGCUUUGGGCUUGUCUCGGGCUACCUCUGCCGCCUCCCGUGUCUCUGGCCUGAUCACUUAGCCUCUCUGAGCCUCAGUUUUCGGUCACAGAUGUUGGGGUGGUGGUACGAUCAGACCUGUUCUGGAGGUGUUGGGUACAGUUGUGGCUGUAAAUGUGAAAUGAUCAUAUUCUGUAAUUUGUCAUCUUUCUCUUGGGUUCUGGCAUGUGCUGAGAGCUCAGUAAAUUGACCAGAGAGAGGAACAGAAAGCCAGAAGCACACCCAGGGCCCUGCCCCCUUGGGGAAGGCACCCAGGUAUAUGCACAUGCUGACGCAUACUUGGCAUUGACCACAGGUCUGCUGAAAUGAAUUACAGUGACUUACCUGGGGUGAGAACCUGAGAACGCUCGCAACCAGUCCGGGAACACUGCCUUCUCUUCGUGUGUCCACAUUUCUAGAAGGAAGAGCACCGAGAAUCUCUGUACUGGGACCUGGCCUUGGGCAUAGUGCGCAGGAGAGCCAGACAGGGAAAAAGGGACUCUUAUUUAGGUCCGGCCCCCAUGAAGCAAGCCAUCUCUUCACACUUGGGGCUAAACAUUGAAAUACAUAAUAACCGAGCCCUGCGGAUAAGGUGUCCUAACCGUCUUAAUGCAGCUUGUCUGGCUUUCCAAAUUUCCAAAGUAUAAAUGUUACAAAUUUAGCAAAAACGCCAUUUGAAAGUUGACUUAAACUUCUUUCACAUUUAUUUAGUUUUGUGAAGUUUGAAAGUAAUUUUUUGUCUUCGGCGGUGAUUGCUGUCUUCAGUUAGAGGGCCGGAAUUUUCAGAAGGCCUCUUUUUGUAAGUUCGUGGCACUUAACUGCUGCUGAGAUUGUUAAGCGCAGGCAGACUUGGGACACCCUGGCUGCCAUGCAGGGUUCUAAACCUAACUUGGAUCGAGAAUACUUAACCAUUUAGCUAAAAAUGGUAUUUUUUACAUGCAAUGCAUGUGGCGAAUCUGUGAAGAAAGUGCAAGUAGAAAAGCACGUGGCCGUUUGCCGAAACUGUGAGUGCCUGUCUUGUAUUGACUGCGGUAAAGAUUUCUGGGGUGACGACUACAAAAACCACGUGAAGUGCAUCAGUGAAGAACAGAAGUAUGGUGGCAAAGGUUACGAAGGUAAAACCCACAAAGGCGAUAUUAAGCAGCAGGCAUGGAUCCAGAAAAUUAAUGAAUUAAUAAAAAGACCCAACGUGAGCCCCAAAGUGAGGGAACUUUUAGAGCAAAUUAGUGGUUUUGACAACGUUCCCAGGAAAAAGGCGAAAUUUCAGAACUGGAUGAAGAACAGUUUAAAAGUUCAUAAUGAGUCCAUUCUGGAGCAGGUGUGGAGUAUCUUUUCUGAAGCUUCUGGCAACGAACCGGUCAGUAAGGGGCAGGACCGACAGCCACUCAAGCAAGGGGCCAACCCGCCCGGCGUAGAACUUUCCACAAAGGUUCCAGCUUCCCACACAAGUGACCCCCCAGAAAAGCAAGCAGAGGUGAAGAAGAAUAAAAGAGAAAGGAAGGAAGAAAGGCAGAAGAAUAGAAAAAAAGAGAAGAAAGAACUAAAAUUAGAAGGCCACCAGGAGAAUUCAAGGGGUCAGAAGCCUAAGAAGCGCAAAACAGGGCAAGAGCAAGAGGCCGAUCAGGAGGCUGGAGGGGAGGCCCCGGGCUCUGCAGGGAAGAAGAGCCAGAGCAAGGGGGGCAAGGCCAAGGGGACGGUGGACGGAGCCAGAGACGCCAAGGAGGAGCCGACGAAGCCGCCGCCUGGGAAGAGAAAGAAGCACGCGGACGAUGAAGCAGAUACCAAGAAGAAAAAGAGGAAGCUCUCAGGACAUUCUGAGGGUGGAGAACCGGAAAACCAUGGGGCUCCUGCAAAAGGUAAAUUCAACUGGAAGGGAACUAUUAAAGCAGUUCUGAAACAGGCCCCGGACAACGAAGUAGCAAUCAAAAAGCUAAGGAAAAAGGUUUUAGCUCAGUAUUACGCGGUGACAGAGGAACACCACAGAUCGGAAGAGGAGCUCCUGACCAUCUUUAACAAGAAGAUCAGCAAGAACCCCACCUUCAAGUUAGUAAAGGACAAAGUCAAGCUUUUGAAAUGAACGUUUUUCUACUUAAAAAUUGAAUCCAUUCUGUUGAUUUUUUUUCACUGCUGUUUCUAAAACAUGUAAUGAGUUACAACAACUCCAAUACUGCUUUUUCAAAGCUGUAUUUUUAAGUUACAGAAAAAGUCUAUUUUUGGUAGAACUUUUAUGAGAAAAUAAAAUAUAUUCUUAUCCAAAAUUCAAA